CUCUUGUUGCAUACAAACACAAGCCAAGCCAAGCCCGGUGAUCUAGCAACCGUAGUAGCACUAGUAGUAGCAGCAGUAACAGUAGUCAUUGCAAUCCACCUUAGUUUUCUUUCCUGUUGAGAAGCCACAGCCCAGUCAAGCAUGAGUUCAUCGUGGACAUUCAAGCAGAACAAGGUGUUCGAGGUGGCGCUAAACAAGUACGACAGGGACGCGCCGGACUUCUUCCAGAACGUGGCGCGGGAAGUUGGCGACGGCAAGUCGGUGGAGGAUGUGAAGAAGCACCUUGCAGAGCUGGUAAAAGACGUGGACGAGAUUCAUACAAACGGUGCCGGCGGCAGCAGCAACAACAACCAAGGCGGUUCCAGCCGCGGUGGCAGCAGCGACGGGCAGAGGCCAUGGUACCUCAAGACCCAGUGAUGGCUGGUCUGGUGCAAGAAGGGCCGAAACAGCCCUCGAGCACAGCUAGCCUCCUCCCUUUCCAGCAUGAAACCACCAGUACUACACUACAGAUACACAUGACCCCAUGGUGAUGGUGAUCCGGUCAUGUACCUAAAGUUGCUAUAGCUAGCGCUUCCUCUCCGAUGAUGAUGGCGACGACGACGAGAAAAAAAGUCCGGGACGUAAUCAAGCCCCGCAUCGGAGUUGUAUCUUUCGUAUAUCUUGUACCCAAUUGUGCCUACGUGUAUAUGACCCACCACGAGCCCUGUCCCCAGCUAUAUGGGUGUAGCGCUGGUACCGCCGGAGGUUAUCUCGGACGCGACGGUGUAUCUUGAUGUAGUGGUCUGUCUCCCUGUUGAAUCUGUUACCUGACAUAUAUUGCCUAAUGGAAAUUCCGGUCUACGGAUUAUUUA